AGAGAGAGAGGAGAGAGAGAGCGCCCGGGUGAGAGAGUGAGUGAGUGAGAGAGAGAGGGAGACGGCCACUGGACACCAUUAGCUAGCUAGCUAAAGCCCUGAGGAGGUCCAGCUAGUUUUGAGGGACUUUAUUUGGACCAGUCCUUUUGGAAAUCUCCUCAAUGAGUUAAAACACGUUUCAGCUCAAACAAAAGGAAGAAAUAAAGGAAAGAAACGAAGAGGUGUUGAGUUUUCGCAGCGUUUGGAGCUGAAGUGGCACUUGUGGAUUUGGUUUAGCGUGUGCUGGUGAAGGAUGGCGCUGGACGGUAUACGGAUGCCCGAUGGCUGCUAUGCCGAUGGGACUUGGGAACUGAAGAUGCAUGUGACUGACCUCAAUAAGGAUGUGUCUUUGAGAGUCACUGGAGAAAUUCAUAUUGGCGGAGUAAUGCUGAAGCUUGUUGAGAAACUUGAUGUUAAAAAGGAUUGGUCAGAUCAUGCGUUGUGGUGGGAGAAGAAGAAGACUUGGCUGCUAAAGACUCACUGGACUCUGGAUAAGUACGGGAUUCAGGCCGAUGCCAGAUUGCUCUUUACGCCUCAGCACAAGCUCUUGCGCCUGCAGCUGCCCAAUAUGAAACACAUGAAGGUCAAAGUGAACUUCUCAGACCGCGUCUUCAAGGCAGUGUCCGAUAUCUGCAAAACCUUCAAUAUCCGUCACCCUGAGGAGCUGUCUCUGUUGCGCAAGCCCCGUGACCCUAAGAAGAAGAAGAAAAAGCUAGAGGAGUUGGAAGAGGAGGCUCUGGAGCUGGAAGGUCCUCUGCUUACUCCUGGAUCAGCUUCUGAGGUAAUUUACAUCGGACCUGUGAAAGGGAGCAUCUACUCCAGUCCUGGCCUCUACAGCAAGACAAUGACUCCCACAUAUGACUCUCGAGACGGCAGCCCCCUUUCCCCUACUUCAGCCUGGUUUGGAGACAGUCCGUUAUCUGAGGGCAAUCCCAGUAUCCUGGCUGUUAGUCAGCCCAUUUCUUCACCCGACAUAUUGGUCAAACUCUACAAACCACCCUCUCUCCUGGAUAAGGCCAAGAUCAAUCAGGGGUGGCUGGACUCCUCCAGGUCUCUGAUGGAACAAGACGUGAAGGAGAAUGAAGUUCUUCUUUUGCGGUUCAAGUACCACAGCUUUUUUGACCUUAACCCAAAGUACGAUGCCAUCCGGGUGAACCAGCUGUAUGAGCAGGCCAAAUGGGCCAUCCUGCUGGAGGAAAUCGAGUGUACCGAGGAAGAGAUGAUGAUGUUUGCUGCCCUUCAGUAUCACAUCAACAAGCUGUCCAUCAUGUCUUCGGACAAUCACAUGAAUAACAGUGAGAAGGAGGUGGAUGAGGUGGAUGCAGCGCUGUCUGAUUUGGAGAUCACCCUGGAGGGAGGAAAAACCUCCAAUGCUCUGGGUGAUAUUACAUCCAUUCCUGAGCUGGCAGAUUAUGUUAAAGUCUUCAAGCCAAAAAAACUGACACUGAAAGGACCCAAGCAGUACUGGUGCACAUUUAAAGACAUCACAAUUUCGUGCUACAAGAGCCGUGAGGAGGCUCAUGGCAUACCCGCCCACCAAAUGAACCUGAGAGGCUGUGAAGUGACUCCAGAUGUUAAUAUUUCUGGUCAGAAAUUCAACAUCAAGUUGCUAAUCCCAGUGGCGGAUGGCAUGAAUGAGAUCUGGCUGCGAUGUGACACUGAGAGGCAGUAUGCCCAGUGGAUGGCUGCCUGUCGCCUGGCCUCCAAAGGAAAGACAAUGGCAGACAGCUCCUACAAUCUGGAGGUCCAGAACAUUCUCUCCUUCCUUAAGAUGCAGCAUAUGAAUCCAGACCCGCAGAUCAUUGAGCCAAUCACCACCGAUAUUAACCCAGAGUGUCUGGUGUCCCCACGGUACCUAAAGAAGUACAAAAAUAAACAGCCAGGCUAUAUCAGGGACCUGAUCUCUGCUCGUAUCCUGGAGGCCCAUCAGAAUGUGGCCCAGAUGAGUCUGAUUGAGGCCAAGAUGCGCUUCAUCCAGGCCUGGCAGUCACUGCCAGAGUUUGGGAUCACUCAUUUUCUGGCUAAAUUCCAAGGCAGUAAGAGAGAAGAGCUGAUUGGCAUCACUUACAACAGACUGAUCCGCAUAGAUGCCAGCACCAGAGAUGCCAUCAAGACUUGGCGGUUCAGCAACAUGAAACAGUGGAAUGUCAACUGGGAGAUCAAGAUGGUUACAGUGGAGUUUGCAGAUGAGCCGAGUCUGUCGUUUAUCUGUGCGGAGGUGGACUGCAAGGUGGUGCAUGAGUUCAUUGGUGGCUACAUUUUCCUGUCCACACGUGCCAAGGACCAGAAUGAGUCUCUAGAUGAGGAGAUGUUCUACAAGCUCACAAGUGGCUGGGUCUGAUAGCUGCUCCCCGCCCAACAGAAGGGGAUGGGGUGGUGUGGGGGACAGGGAUGGCUGUUUUGUUUGUUUUUUUUGUAUUGUUUUUAACCAUGCCAACAGUCUGACAUGGCCACACAGUAAUUGUUUGAAGGCUGACAACACAUUUUUAAUUUUAUUAUUAUUAUUUUUUUAUUUCUUGCAUUAACGCUGACAAACAUGAUAAUAACACUAAUGAAGUGACUCUGAGGACGAGGAGAGUGUUCUCACUCCGCCCAAGGCUUCACCUCUUGCUGAGGCAUAUCUGAUAAAUGCUUCCUGAAGUGAGCAGCUACUUUCACAGAGACUCCUGCCUGCUGGCAUUCACAGGGCUUGGUGUGUGUACGUUUGUGUGUUUGUGUGUUUGUGUGUUUGUGUGUUUGUGUGUUUGUGUGUUUGUGUGUGUGUGUGUGUGUGUGUGUGUGUGUGUGUGUGUGUGUGUGUGUGUGUGUAUGUGUGUGUUGUCACUACAGCAUUGGACACCUGCCACUUCCUUCCUGCCACCUGCUACUGCAAUGCCUGUGAAUCCUAAAGGAUCUAGAGUGACAUCCAUGACCCUUUCACCUCUUUCAGGCCUUAACAACAACAGCAACAAAAGAAAAUUCAAUUAUCUUAAAAGGGUUUUGGCACUCAGUGGUGUUGUGUAAUGUUUCAUGUGUAUUGUUGGGGAAUUGAGAGUUUUGGUUCUCUUGGUGCUCAUUUGUGUUUAAUCUUCUUUAGUCCCUACGCCGCUUCACUGUGAUUCAGCACACCGUCAGGUUUUAUUUGCAUUUAUUUUACCUUAACAAUUGAUACGACAGACAUCAAAAUACAGUUUUACACUCAUUGUACACAGCCUCUGUGGCAGUAGCAAUCUUUUUACGUUUUUAAUUUGAAUUUAGGGAUUCUUAUCAUGAAGAAGCUCUGUGAGGUAGUCUUGAAGGAUUAUUGCUGACUAAAUAAUUGCGCAAAACACUAAAAUUAGUCUUGCAACACAGCUUUAUUUUUGUUUUUAUUUUAAUAUGAUCUGUUAACAUUAAAAUAUGCAAGCACUUCUACAGUGAAGGAAAAGACCCUACAUGUAUAAGCUGUCUUUUGUUGUCUAGCUUUAUUUUAAUAUAUUUUAUUUUAUGUUCGUCUAAUAUCCUGCAGCAGGACCCUUAGAGGUUGCUUUAUAGUUAUGCGAUCAGCACUACAACUGCUAGUGGACAGCCUUUGGAUUUUUGCCGUUAUAAAGAAUAUUGUUGCAAAAAACACGUUUGCAAUGGCGCUCAUACACAAUAUGAAGAAUGCAAUGAUGAAGGAAUAUGCCAUUUGAGUUAUUUACUAGAAAACGUGUUGAAGGAAAUAAUGGUAAUCAGAAAUAGGGCUGAGGUCCAGUAUGCAAGGAUGAUCUCAGCUGUGUUUUGGCUCCACACAUUUGUUUCCUAUUUUCCUGCGCAGCCUGCUUUUCUGUCUUUCCCACUUUAAUCCUAAACCAUAUAGUAUUACUCCAAACCAUUAUAUUGUUAUGCACCAGCAAUAGGUCACUGUGUUUUAAAGAUAAUACAGCUUUUUUUUCUGAAUAUGAAGGAAUGCGUAAUGAAGUAUUAGUUUUUGUAACUAAUGUAAAAACACAGUUUUAUAGAAUUGUACAGUUGUCAUUUGUGUUGCUGCUUUUUUUCUGUCAUUUUUUGGAAGUGCAUUUUUCCAGAAGAGAAGGAAAAAAGCCAUUGUUUAGCAUUGUGUGGUAUGUGUGCCUGCCAAUGUAAAGGUCUUACUGAGUUUUUAAGAGUAAAGAAUAUAUCUAUAUAAAUAUAAAUAUAUAUAAUGUGAUGAAGUAUGUCUCAAGCUCCAGGUCUGAAGAAUAUGAUUUUAUAUAAUUCUAUCUAGCUGCUGCUUAUUUGAUCACUUCCACAUUGAAGGGCUUUUCCAUGACAUUUUUACAGCUUUAAAUAAAAUACCGUCUGGAAAUGUUCAUUUCUGCCUGCUGCGUUAAAGUGUUGAAGUACUGGGCACACGUUUUUUAAAUGUUUUAUUUCUCUUAGCACAUAAAUGAAGAAUCUUGUAUUAGCUGACUUGUUUUCUCUUAUAGUGAAGUCACUUCAUCAGUAUCAGUUUUUAUGUAGACCCACAUUAACGGUAAUUUAAGAGCCAAGUGUUUAAUUAUGAAGGAACGCCUUCUCACCCUGGAGUUUGAGACAAAUUGCCAUAAAAUGAACUAGAUGAACAGCUAGCUUAGCGUAUGUUUUCCUCCUACAUCGUUUUAUUUUUGUUUGCCUCAGAUGUUCAGAACGGCAGUGCAUGGCCUGCUGUUUUUAGACUGUAAAAAUGCAUUUAUUUUAAAAAUAAAAAUGAUUUUUAUUUAAAA